AUGGAGUUCAUAGGUGAUUUCCAUAAAACUGGGAAGAUCAGAAAAGGGAUCAAUUGCUCCUUCAUAGUGCUAGUUGCAAAAAACCAAUGCUCGAAAACUCUCAAUGACUUUAGACCCAUCUCCCUUAGUGGCUGCUUAUACAAGAUUCUUGCUAAGACCCUUGCCAGUAGAUUAAAGCAGGUUUUGGUUUCUAUUAUACAUAAUACUCAAUUUGCCUUUGUGAAAGGAUUCGAGAAGAAGUGGAUGGAGAGGAUAUGGUGUUGCAUCUUGACAACUUCUGUAUCAUUCCUCAUAAAUGGUUCUCCCUCCAACCCAAUCAUGUUACAGAGGUGGUUUUCGGCAGGGCGAUCCCCUAUCUCCAUUCCUGUUCAUUAUCGUAGUACAGGGACUGAAUAUGCUACUUGGUAA